AUGUCGGACCGCACGCAUGCGGCGUUCUUCUAUGGCACUCUGAUGGCCGCUGAAGUCUUCUUCACGGUCUGCUAUCGAUUUUCCACAGAAAAUACAGCCCUAUUGAAGAGUCUUCACGAUUUCAAGCCGGCCGUCUUGCACGGUUAUUGCCGACGUCGGGUUCAAUAUGCAGACUACCCCGGUAUUACACCGGACCCGGAUCAUGAGGUUAGAGGGAUGUACGUGACGGGCUUGACGGAUGCCAACAUGCAUCAUCUCGACACCUUCGAGGGCAGCGAAUAUGACCGCAAAACAGUGAAAGUUCGCUUACUUUCGAAGGUCGGCGACGACAAGGGACGGGGUAACGUCGAAGGCGAGGAAGUCGAAUGCGAAGUAUACGUCUUCAAUAAUCCUGACCAGCUGGAAGAUCGAGAAUGGGACUUCGAGGAGUUCCGGACGGAGAAGAUGAAGAAAUGGACACGGGAAGAUUAUGGCUUCGAAGACACUGAUCAUCUUGCUCCCCAACCGGUCGGGAGCAACGAAAAGACAUCGGCUGUCUGA